UGAAACAGUGGUGGUAGAAGGCAGCCUAGGGCAGGCGAGAGAGGAAGAGGGAAAACCCCGUCAGUGCCGUACCGGGAGUCGUGAAAGUCGGACUUCCCUCUCGUUCCCACCGAAUCUUCUCUCGCUCUAGCGCAUAUUAUCCCGUCUGUCCCCUUGUUCCUCUCCCGUCCAUGACUGUGUAUCAUGUCCAGCUGUGUCAUACAGGAUAUAACUAGCAGGAAACCAUGCAUCGCGACCGCUGGCGGGGAAAAUAUUGCUUUAGCAAAGGAGAGUGAACUUGGAUGACAAGGGGCAGCCUUUGAUCAAGUUGAUCGCUAGUGAAGAACUUCUUUGCGAUUUAGUGAUCAGCGAUUCAUUCAAAUCUCACUUUUAAUACAAGAGUUAUUUCAUGUUGAUGUCCGUAUAUUUACAUUAAGAGCAUUCCAAAGGUUUCCAUAAGUGAAUUUUCCUGUAGAAUUAAAAAUAUUUACGUCUAUAAAAUAUGACAAAACAAAUUUUAAAAUAUCCUAAAUGUAAAUUGGAAAAGAUACAAUAGAAUUCAACCCUAACCUAGUAAGGAGAACUUUUCCGAUUGUUACAUCAGAAAAGUCUUAAAAGACAAUAUACCUCCAGGGAACUCCAAGUGUCAACUAUUCUGCGAUCACAUAUCAGACCUCAGCUACGAGGAUAUACCACAGCGGCGGGUUGGGGGGGUGGAGGGCAGUGAAGUGUGCACCGAGGCUGUUUGUUCGUUCAAGAGGUUCACUUGUGUGCUCUCCAGCUCGCUAUGAACGUCACGCUGCUCGUAGUUGCUCUAGCAGUGGGUGGAGCUGGUGGUCAGGGGCUGAUACCUCCUCCUCCACUGGUCACAGACCAGCCAUACUUCGACUCCAGCAUGCUGACCAACCAGACCGCUCACGUGGGCCGCCAGGCAGAACUACACUGCCGGGUGCAUUCCAUCGGUAACAGAACAGUGUCGUGGAUUCGGGGUCGAGACCUGCGCAUCCUGACGGUGGGUCGGUACACCUACACGACGGACCUGCGCUACGAGUCCCUACACCAGGAAGGCACGAACCAGUGGACCUUGAGGAUUAAGUCUACCCAACCCAGGGAUCAGGGCACGUAUGAGUGUCAGAUAAGCACCAAACCAAUCAAGGCCUUCACUAUAUAUCUCAGGGUUCUAGAGCCCAGAGGUGAGAUCCUGGGCUCACCAGACCUGUACGUACAGAAGGGCAGUAUGAUCAACUUAACCUGCAUCCUGUACGACCUGCCUGAGCCUCCAGCCUACGUCCUCUGGUACCACGAAAAUAAGAGCUUCAGCUACAGCAGCAGCCGGGGCGGGGUAUCCAUCAUCUUGGAAAAGGGCCCCACCACCAUCAGUUACCUCUUGCUUACCUCCGCCCGUCUGGCAGACACGGGGAUGUACACUUGUGCUGCCUCUAACCUCAACACCACCAGUGUCAUGCUUCACGUUCUUGAUGGUGAGGAGCCAGCAGCCAUGCAGAAGAACCACUCACUCCCUCACUCAAGACACCUGCCCACACCUGCAGGCGGUGGUUAUCCAGUUCCUGUACAAGCCAACAACAACAGCAGCACCAGUAGCAUCACCAGCAGCAGCAACAGCAGUAGCAGCAACACAAGCUGCAGCAUCAGAAGCCCCAGCAGAGUUAGCAGAAUGCUCACAAGACUAGCGGUGUCUGCAAUCUUACUGAGAGUACACUUCCCUAUAUGGCCGGACCCAACUUAAUGAACAAAAUCGCUGUUUACUCAUCUGAUUGUCUGCGAAUACACACAUACGAUUGCUUAAGCUUUCUCCAGUCUAGUUGAUUAGCUCUCUCUAUACUCAUGUUGGUUUGCCUAGUUGCUUAAUAAAUUCUUUUACAAUUGUUAUACAGGAUUCUUUAGCAAGUUAAUUACGUUCGUUUACACAAUUUUCAAUUUAGCAAAAUAAUUACCCAGCUGCUUAAGUUUUUUGCACAGUGUAAAUUUUUACAUAUUUUUUUUUCAAGUUUUCCAAUCCAUUCUUUACAUUUUAAUUAAAUAUUUUUCCUUUCUUGUUUACAUUUUAAUGUUUGAAUUAUACCAAAUUUAAGUUUUUAUUAAAAUUUGUCUAAUUCCUCUCUGUGAACGUUUUGUUUUUCCUGUUUGCAUGGACGUGUGUGUGUGUGUGUGUGUGUGUGUGUGUGUGUGUGUGUGUGUGUGUGUGAUGCAUGUGUGAUGUGUUUGUGUGUACUCACCUAUUUGUGGUUGCAGGGAUCGAGUCAUAGCUCAUGGCCCAGACUCUUCACUGAUCGCUGUGUGAGUGUAUGCCUGUGCUGUU